CCAGUGUAUUUAGGUGACUAAUAAUAAUAAUAAUAAUAAUAACAAUAAUAAUAAUAAUAAUAAUAAUAAUAAUAAUAAUAACAAUAGUAAUACUAAUAAAGAAUAAUUAUGAGUAGAAGUAAAAAAUCGACGAUAUCGCAUAAAUUGGAAGAAAAUAAAGAUAAGUUUCAAAAGCCGAUAGAACAAGAAGAUCAUGAUAAUUCUUUAUUGUCAAUGGAAAGUAAACAGAAUGAAAUCAAUAAGAAUAGUCCAAUAAGAAAUUCAAAUGACAUUGUUGAUCGUCCAGGUCACAGUACACCAUUUCAGAAAAAACAUCUUACAGAUAGUACAGAAGAUUCUCCUGAACCUGAUUAUCAUUGUAGCCCAAUAUCAGUUCCUUGUACACAAGAUGGCAAUGAAGUUGCUUGGGAUUGGCAAAAUUCUACUAAAUCUUUAUCUGUUAAGAGUAAAAAUGAAAAUGGUCAUCUUGCUACACCUAAACAGACAAGAAUACUUCAAAAGAAGCGUAAUUCCAAUUCUCCUUUGUUACAUAAACCUUUAAGAAGGAGAUUAGUAAAAGCAGACAAUAUAGAAAGUAUUGGAAAGUUUGCUGCAGAAUUAAAAGCAUUGACUGAAAAAAUGAAAACUAUACAGCGUAAUGAUGAGGAUUAUAUAGACAAUGAUAUCGAUAAUAAGGAUAAAGUAGAAAAUCAUCAAGGAAAAGAUGAAUCAGAUGUACUAAUUGUUUUAGAAGAAAAUAUUUCUGACAAUAAAAUAAGCACAAGUUUUGAAGAAUUAUUUGAUGAAUCAAUUGAAGAUUCAAUGGUGAAAUGUAGUCAAGAAAUAGAGGAAAAAUUUAAUCUGUGUAUAAAUAAAAAAAAUAAUACAAUUGACUUAUCGAAUGGAAGUAGAGAGAAAGAUACAUCUGUUACAAAAGAAAAAAUUAAAAGUGCAAAUAGUUCAAGUGAAAAUUCAAAGAGCUCUCUUUUUUCUCAAAAUUCUUUAAUUUUAAAUGUUAGUAGUUUCUGUAAGACAUAUUCUAAGAAUACACCUAAUUGUAAGAAAAACAUAGAUACAGAUGUAAAAAGAUUAGAAAUGAAAGAAGAUAUCAAAAAACAAUCUCCUUUAAAUAACAAUAUUAUAAAUACUCAUAAUGGGGAUCUACAAAAUUGGAAAAAUUCAGUAAAAAAUAAUAGUUCCGAAUUAUUUGAGAUUCCAGAUGAUUCUUUUGAUGACUGUUUAGCUACUUGUAUAGAAGAUGAAAAAUUAUUAUCUGAAACAACAGAAUAUGAUGAUAUUUUUCCAGACUCAGAAUUUACGUCACAUAAAAAUGAAAAAAAUUAUAAACAUCCUAAUUCAAUGAACAAAAGCAUGACUAAAAAUAUAACAAAAUCGAAUAAUGCUAGCUAUAAUUCCACCAGUUGUUGUUUUAAUCAGACUUCUAUGGAUAGUUUGAAUAAACUUGUUAAUAAUUCUGGUGUCAAUAAUAAUCUAACAGAAAGAAGAAAAUUUUUUAAAACUAGAAGUUUAUCGGAUUCAUAUUUUGGACAAGAAAAAACUACAAGUAUAAAUAUAAAGCCUAGUACAUCUAAUUCACGUCAAAUAAUAAAACACUCUUCUUCUUCAAAUUUGCCAUCUAAAUUAUAUGUAAAUACUAGUGGUAGAAAUACAACAAAUGGAAACGUAAAUGCAAAUAAAAAUAUUAAAUCAAUAAGUGACAAGGAAAGCCUGCAUGCACUUAAUACUAGUAAAAUUAUAUUAAGAGACUCUGCGAUCAAAAGCACAAAGGAUUCACAGACUACAUUGUGUACGCCUGAAGAAAUAGAAAAAAAACGUUUAGAAGCAAAAAUGAGAUUGGAAGCAAAAAGAAAAAUGCAGAUAAAUGUAAAAUCAACCAUAACUUCAGAAAUACCAUCAAAAAGGGUACAAAGGUGAAAUAAUGUUUCUUUUUAUAAAUUUUGGACUUUUAAUCUAUCUUCAGUUAAUACUUUGCAAAUUUGUUAUCAAAUUGCAUAGUAAGUUAAAUUCUAUGAAACUACAGUGCAAAUAAAUAGCAGAUAGAAAUGACAAUUUUGCAUCUUACCUUUACAAAGUAUUUGAGUUAAACAAAUGAAGAAUAUUUUAACUAUUGUGUUAUAGCAUUUGUUUGUUGUAUUUAUGAAGGGUUAAAUUAAUUUUAUUGUUAAUAACUCAUAUUCAAACAUUGAAUUUCGUCAAGCCACAUGCAUAUAUAUAUAUAUAUUAAUAUUCAUAUUAGAUAAGAGUGUAUAUUUAUAUUGUAUUAUUGAAAGAAAAAUGUUAUUAAUAUAUAUCUUAAGUCAGUGACUUAAGUGUUGCGAAACAGAUGUAAUCCUUUUGUACAAUAAGAAUGUUAAAUAUUCGAAAUUUCUUUUUAUACAGUAAAUUAUGGUUUAUUUUUUUCUUUUAACUGACAACAUAAUUUGUUUAAUAUUUUCUAAUAAAAUUUGUUUUACGCAUGGAUUGCUUUGGUUAAAAAGAAAGAAUUAUCCUGGAUGUAAAUACAAAUCGAUACGUUUCUAUUGUCACUUUUAUCACCAAUAUUUACUUAUAAAAAUAGACAUCAAAUCAAAAUUUUAUUUCUACUUCAUAUCAAACAAUAUAGCAAACGCUAUUUUGUUACGUAUAUUCGAGAUUUGUUUCAAAUGAAAGCUGUAAGAUUUUAUUACUCUUAUACUCCUCAUGAUUACAAAAUAGAAUUUAUUUUCUAUUAACUAUUUUUCGAAUGGAAGCAUAAGUAAAAUUCUCAUUUAACAUUAAUCAAUCGACAACAUAUCUCAUGCGUACUUAUCAUCUUUAAUAAAAAAAAGUUUCAUUAAAAUAAAAAAAAAUAAAAAAAAAAAAAAAAAAAAAUAAAAAAAAGAAGAAAAUAGAAAAGAAAGAACAAAACGAAGUUUUUAUAUUUGAUGAAAGUAG